AUGAGUGCCGGGACAUCCGAGGGUAACAGCGCUGCCGGAAGACCAACGGGCUUUUCCGGAUACUUGAAAGCCACAGGAGUAUCUGUGCCAACUCGGAGGGUAGAGUCAGGGGCGACUAGAGUCGGGACGGCUUUAUUGGACGUGACGGGAUGCGACUCGCGUGAUUGGGAGGAGCUGUGUCAGAGAAACAGCAGAGGCUUCAGGUUUAAGUACCCAGGCUGGUUCUUAAAAAAAAUUUACGAUUGA